GAAUUAGAUGUAGUGCGCCUGGAGUGGGCCUCCCUUGCAGUGCUCUCCGGCACCGCACAUUAGCCGAACAAGUUUGGGGUGUUGGGAGUGGUGGGACAGGCACUAUGGCAGACGAGGAAUUGGAAGCUAUCAGGCAGCAAAGGAUGGCUGAACUGCAAGCCAGACAAGGGGAUUCAUCCGGCAAUCAGCAGAACCAGCAGGAAGCUAAGCAGAGAGAGGCUGACAUGAGAAACUCCAUUCUUGCUCAAGUAUUGGAUCAGUCUGCCCGGGCCAGAUUGAGUAACCUGGCCCUGGUCAAGCCGGAGAAAGCCAAGGCUGUGGAGAAUUACCUCAUUCAGAUGGCUCGGUUCGGACAGCUCGGGGGAAAGAUUUCAGAGACAGGAUUGAUUGAGAUCCUGGAGAAGGUCAGUCAGCAGACAGAGAAGAAGACCACUGUCAAGUUCAACAGGAGGAGGGUGAUGGACUCGGACGAGGAGGAUGACGAGUGAAGAGUGGCACUGAGGCCAGGAGACACACGGUUAGCUGACGCACCUCUCUGGCUGCAGGCUGAGGCAGGUUCCCUGCUAACACAGCACAUACUGGAAGAGGGCACUCUGCUCUGUUGAGUGGGAUUUGGAAACUUGUUCCCAAUUAAACUUUUUUUUGCUUUCUUCACAGUGGUUGAAUGAUUUGCUGUGAAUUAAAUGCAGGAUCUAUUUGUUCUGCAGAAAUUUUAUAGACACUGUAAAGAGUCAAUACUACUAUUUAUUUGAGUGAGUAUACAGUCACAAUAGGCCCUUAUUCAUCUUUUCUCCAAAGCUGUUCAUUUGAUUUUAUAUUCUUUAUUAAAUAAGUUGUACCUGCAAUAUAUCAAUUGACAUAAUAAAAUGCCUUAAAGUUUUGAGAGCUGGCAACCUGACCUACCAAUCCAAAAUGCAAUGACCAUAUCUCUCUCAAACUGUGCCAAUGUGUUAUUUUCUGCUAUCCAUUUAUGAGGUUCAUCAGCUGCUAGGCCAUUUAAAAUAAACGUAUUGCAGAAAGAAUUUAUGGCAACACAUUACUUUUUACAGCUUAAGGAAGCAAUAAAAUUAAAUUGUAAUCCUGG